AUGUCUCACGAGGAAGAUCUCAUCGACUACUCCGAUGAGGAGAUCCAGCCCACCGAGGCACCCGCCAACGGCACCGCAGGCGCGGCAAAGGGCCUGGCCGCAGAUGACGCAGCCGGCGACAAGAAGGGCAGCUACGUCGGCAUCCACUCAACCGGUUUCCGCGAUUUCCUUCUCAAGGACGAGCUCAUUCGAGCGAUCACGGACUGUGGCUUCGAACAUCCUUCCGAGGUCCAACAAACCACGAUUCCCCAGGCCAUUCUAGGAAACGAUGUCCUUUGCCAGGCUAAGUCCGGUCUCGGAAAGACCGCCGUUUUCGUGCUGGCCACGCUCCAGCAACUGGAUGAGAAGCCCGAAGCUGGCGUCGCAACUGUUCUAGUUAUGUGCCAUACCCGUGAGUUGGCAUACCAGAUCAAGAACGAAUACAACCGAUUCGCCAAGUUUCUGCCCGAUAUUAAGGUCGGUGUCUUCUAUGGUGGAACUCCGAUCCAGGAGGACAUCCGUAUCCUCAAGGACAAGGAAACACACCCGCACAUCAUCGUUGGUACCCCUGGACGUAUCAACGCUCUCGUCCGCGACAAGGUGCUACGCCUUUCCAACCUGAAGCACUUCGUACUCGAUGAGUGCGACAAGAUGUUGGAUCAAAACGACAUGCGCAACGAUGUCCAGACCAUUUUCCGUGCGACCCCAGCCCACAAGCAGGUCAUGAUGUUUUCGGCCACCUUGUCCGAGGAGAUCAAGCUCACCUGCAAGAAGUUCAUGCAGAGCCCCCUCGAGAUCUACAUCGAUAACGAGAAGAAACUCACCCUGCACGGACUUCAGCAGUACUACAUGAAGUUGGAGGAGCGCGAGAAGAACCGCAAGCUUAAUGAUUUGCUCGACACGCUCGAGUUCAACCAAGUCAUCAUCUUUGUGCGGUCCACUCAACGCUGCACUGAGCUUGAUAAGCUUCUCCGCGAAUGCAAUUUCCCUAGCACUGCCGUUCACUCCGGUAUCGGCCAAGAGGAGCGCAUCAAGCGCUACAAGGAGUUCAAGGACUUCCAGACUCGUAUCUGCGUAUCGACUGACAUCUUCGGUCGUGGUAUCGACGUUGAGCGUAUCAACGUCGCUAUCAACUACGACAUGCCCGACAAGGCUGACUCAUACCUCCACCGUGUCGGUCGUGCUGGUCGUUUUGGAACCAAGGGUCUCAGCAUCUCGUUCGUCAGCAACCCCGACGAUGAGACUGUCCUCAAGGAGAUUGAGAAGCGCUUCGAGGUGGAACUGCCCGAAUUCCCUGCGGAGGGUGUUGAUGCUUCAACCUACAUGGACAACUAGAGUUGUCCUUUCCAUACCUUCUCGAAGUGGCCAGUUUGUUCGGUGUGCGUUUUGUUCAAUGGGAUUUUAUGCUAGCAAUCUUGACUGGAAGGUUUUUCUGAAAAGCAGGCUCGGCGUCGGGUGGUCGGGCUCGCACAAAUGUACUGUAGCCACGAAAGGAAUGACGAUUUGAACUCGCGUGUCAAGACUAGUCGUCACUCACCGCUCCUACCCACGUAGUGGACCCCAAGUAGAUAUACUCAGCUCCAGAUCAUCUAGAUUGGCGUCAUCUUGCGGUUUCUCGGUAUUUGGCAAGAAGGAAAAACGCACCUCCCCUUAGCGAUGCUACAGC